AUGUGCAUGGAUUAUAAGAAGCUUGGCGGAUGCUCGCAACAUCAUAUUCAGCUACUCUGCAGCAAGCGGCUCCCUCGCCCACAUCCUCUCUGCAUCCUGAACAAGUCGACAAAAUGAAAUUCUUCUCCGCACUGUGUGUCCUCGUGCUGGUGGUGAUGCUGGCGUUGGCGUCGCCGGCCCGCGCCUGCGAUAGCUGUGGCGGCAACAACAACGGCGGCAACAACAACGGCGGCGGCAGCAGCGGCAGCAGCAGCAGCAGCGGGAACAGUGGCAGCAGCACAUCCAGCUCACAGACUGGUGGAGUUUUGAACAACCUUUUGGCUACGUCAAACAGCUAAGCAGCGUGGAUUCAAGCAACCCUCGUUACCACACUACUUUAUACUUUUUUUUGUAAUAUUUAAUGUAUAUUCCAUACCUACUCUGAAGAUCUAUCACCAUCAUCACAGUGACAAGACCAUGGUUUCAAAAUAAUUAUGUAUUUUUCCCCAACAAAUUUCUUGAUAUGUAAAAUUAUUUUAAUAUCGUUGAAGAGGAAAUAUUAUUAUGUAAUAUAUUAUAUAUUUA